CGUGUGCGGCAGCUGGACUAAUCAGCCAGCACACCGUUGAGAACGAGGCACUUCCUCGUCUCCUGAUACGGACCCUCGGGCGUGUAUUCAGGCUCGUUUCCUUCGUGACGCGACGCUUCUCGUUACCCCGCCGCCGGCACGCAGCGGAGGUGACAUCACGCGUCUCCGGCGCGCCGACCGACCGACCGACCGGGCCAGCGACCGGUGCCCCUCGAAAUGGACCGAAGUGACGGCUGGAGCCCCGCAGCCAUUACCCCGGCGGCGGAGUCGUAGUGCGGCGCGUCCACAGAUGUUGCCGCGCGUGCCUCGCCCUCUCCGACGUUGACCGUACACGAGCGAGCGAGUACGAACCCUACGCAUUUAUUAUUCCUGCAAAAUUCACGACGGUGCCGCCGGGACUGACACACAUCCACCGCACACAUCACAUGACAUGCGAUAGGCCGUGCACGCGCAGGAUGGGGUGCAUCAGGGCUUGUCUGCAGAAAAUGCGACGCACGGUCAAGCUGGAGAGGUUCAGAGAGCUCGGGCGACAGUAUCCAGUCUUCUGCUUCCUGCUGCUGGUCCUGCUGCUGACCACCGUGCUGUUUAACAGAUACAUACACAUUAUGAUGGUGUUUUGGUCCUUUCUGGCCGGAGUCGUCACUUUCUACUGCUCUUUGGGCCCCGAGUCUCUGCUGCCCAAUGUCUUGUUCUCCAUCAAACCCAAAACCAAGUUAUACGAACAGGAGCUGUUUCCUCUGGGCCACAGCUGUGCUGUUUGUGGAAAAAUCAAAUGCAAAAGGCACAGACCGACUUUAUUAUUGGAAAACUAUCAACCAUGGCUUGACCUGAAAGUUCCCUCUAAAGUGGAUGCUUCUUUGUCAGAGAUUCUGGAGCUGGUCCUGGAAAACUUUGUGUAUCCUUGGUACAGAGACGUCACGGACGACGAGGCGUUUGUUGACGAGCUCCGGGUGACUUUGCGCUUCUUUGCCGCUGUCUUGGUCCGCCGAACCCAGAAGGUGGAAGUGGCCUCACUCAUCACGCAAAAGCUUCUUAAAGUUUCCAUGAAGCACAUUGAAAUAAUAAGCAAAGCGAGACAGAAAGUGAAGAACGCAGAGUACCUUCAACAAGCCGCCCUGGAGGAAUAUGGUCCUGACCUCCACGUGGCCCUUCGCAGUCGCAGAGAUGAGCUCCUCUACCUCAGGAAGCUGACAGAGUUGCUCUUUCCCUACAUUCUGCCUCCCAAGGCUACAGACUGCAGAUCUCUUACUCUGCUGAUAAGAGAAGUGUUGGCUGGUUCUGUCUUCCUUCCUUCAAUGGACUACUUGGCUGAUCCUGACACAGUGAAUCAUUUACUUUUAAUAUUCAUCGACAACUCUGCUCCUGAAGAAGCCACGGAGCCCACUUCAAUGUUGGUUCCGUUCCUGCAGAAGUACUCUGACGUUCGCAGCAAAAAGUCCUCUGUGCUGAAGUUGGAGUUGAAGGAAAUCCGAGGACAGCAAGACCUUCUCUUUCGUUUUAUGAACUUCCUGAAGCAAGAAGGGGCUGUUCACGUGCUCCAGUUUUGUCUUGCAGUCGAGGAAUUCAACGACCGGAUACUGUGCCCGGAGCUCUCUGACACCGAGAAGAUGAGGCUUCACGAGGAGGUGAAGAAGAUCUAUGAGACGUACUGCUUGGACGAGAGCGUUGACAAGAUCCGCUUCGACCCCUUCAUAGUGGAGGAAAUACGCAACAUUGCAGACGGCCCGUUUGCCGAGGUGGUGAAGCUGCAGACCGUGCGGUGUUUGUUCGAGUCCUCCGAGCACGUCCUGUCCCUCCUGGAGAACGUUUUCACGCCCAUGUUCUGUCACAGCGACGAGUACUUCCGCCAGCUUCUCAGAGGAGCGGAGUCGCCGGCCAGGAAUUCCAGGAUGAGCAGAAAUAGCCUCAGUUUGGAUGACAUUCGUUCCUGGGACUGGAGCCCCGAGUCCCCGUCCUCAAUGUUCACCGCCUCUGGCAGCUCUUCACCUGCAUCCUUUAACUCCCUCCAUGCCCAGCCCGCGUUCACCUCUAUCCCAUACGGCUCGCUAUCCCACCGCCACUCAUCACCCAAGAACACAUCAAAGAGGGGCGAGUCCUUUGGGAUCAGCCGCAUCGGCAGCAAGAUCAAAGGAGUGUUCAAGAGCACAACCAUGGAGGGAGCAAUGCUGCCCUCCUAUGGGCUGGUGGAGGGAGAGGACGAUCUGGUUGAGGAAGCCACAAUGGUGCUGGAGGACGACUCGCCAAUGGAGGCCGCCUCCACCCCGAGCACCCCCCGAAACCUCUCGGCCUGGAACAUCACCAUCCCGUACAUUGAUUUCUAUGACGACGAUCUGAAGAGGGAGAGGAUCCCUGUGUUCUGCAUCGAUGUAGAACGCAACGACCGGAAGGCAGUGGGACAUGAGACUGAGCAUUGGUCCGUGUACAGAAGAUAUCUGGAGUUCUACGUCUUUGAAUCAAAGCUCACUGAGUUCCAUGGCUCAUUUCCAGAUGCACAUUUGCCUUCGAAGAGAAUCAUUGGUCCCAAGAAUUACGAGUUCCUCUCAUCGAAGCGGGAGGAGUUUCAGGAAUAUCUUCAGAAACUUCUGCAGCACCCGGAGCUGAGCAAUAGUCAGCUCCUCGCCGACUUCCUGUCCCCCUACAGUAUGGAGUCUCAGUUCCUGGACAAGAUGCUCCCUGAUGUGAACCUGGGGAAAAUCAUCAAGUCGGUCCCCAGCAAACUUAUAAAAGAGAAAGGGCAGCACUUGGAACCUUUCAUCCAAUCCUACUUCAACUCCUGUGAAUCUCCCAAAGCCAAACCCAGCCGUCCCGAGCUCACCAUCCUAAGCCCCACCUCGGAAAACGAUAAAAAGCUGUUCAACGACCUCUUCAAAAACAACGCCAACCGAUCGGAGAUGACUGAGAAGAGACCCAAUCGGAACUACUUCAUGGAAAUGAUCACUGUUGAUGGGCUUUAUGACUACUUAAUGUUUGUGGGCCGAGUCGUCUUCCACGUCCCCGACUGGCUGCACCACCUGCUGAUGGCUGGCCGGAUCCUGUUGAAGAACACGCUGGAAGCCUACGCAGACCACUACCUUCAGAAGAAACUGAACCAGGUGGUCCAGGAGCACCGGCUCGUCUCGCUCAUAACCCUGCUGAGAGACACGGUGUUCUGUGAGAGCAGUCUGUCCCGCUCGCCCGAAGACAAGCAGAGGAGGGCCAAGAAGACCUUUGAGGAGAUGAUGACCUACAUUCCAGAUUUUCUGGGGAAAUGUAUUGGAGAAGAGGCCAAGUACGAAGGGGUGCGUCUCCUCUUUGAUGGACUGCAGCAGCCAGUUCUCAACAAACAGCUGACGUAUGUGCUGCUGGACAUCGCCAUUCAAGAACUUUUCCCGGAGCUAAAUACGCAGGUGCAGAAGGAGGCCUCUGUGAUGGCUCCAUGGAUGUAAAAAGGGCUUGACGUGCAUUAAACUGAGAAUCAACUGAAGCUAACAUGUAGAUCACAUGUGCAGUGUCUGACCUGGAUACACGCCGCAGCAAGAGCAGGAAACACAAGGCUUCCUCUGCUGUGUGUAUCAUUUAUUUUGCUAAAUAAAUUAUAGAAAUAACACCAUAA